UAUUAUUAUUUUGUUUUAAAAUCAAAUAAACUCGCUUACCUAAAUUGACGGAGCAGGGGUCAUUUGAUAUGAAUUUUCUUGUGCGCGUCUCUUCUUGGGUCCUCUGUUUCUUACUUUCUUUUGUCAUGCGGAAAUAUUGUGCGUGAAGAAUGUGUUCGCUGAUUGGAAGUUGUUGUGUGAGUGGUGCGUUUUGGAAUACAUUUUGAAUGAUAAAAAGCAAAGAAAUCCAAUAUUUGGAUUUGAAGGACGUGUUUCUUGAAGGGUUUUGGUGGGUUUUUUGUUGACCUUAAGAAUUUGGGUAUUGAAAAGGAUUAAGUUCUUCAAGGGUUCUGCUGGGGUUUUCUUAGUUGAGCUCGUCAGAUUCAAUUGAGAGUCUUGAAGCUUAUCAAAUGAAAUGGAUCCUGACGAGAGUUUAAGCAAAGGGAAAACUGAAGAAUCUUAUGGUGCCACGGCUUCUAAUGAGGUGGAGAAUCGGAGUGCAACUAGUUCACCGCUGAUGCACAAGGAUGUUUCAUCACCUGUAGAGAUCUCAAAAUCCAAGGAAUUGAGUUAUAGUGCUCCACCACAUCCUCGAAGGGCCUUGGAUCACAGCGUUACUGCACCUGCAAGCGUCCGCAGAAAUCUAUUUCCUGAAACCAAGGAAGCUGUAUAUUCUAGGUCGAUGACUGAGAAGUGGUGGACCCAAUCAUGGAUUCCAAAGCACGAACUUAAGUUAGAUCGACUGUCGGAGCGUGAAAAGCAAAAGCUUAUUGUGGAACUUGUAAAGAUCCAAAGUGAUGGUACGGUGGAGGUGGAUCUAUCUAAGAAUGCACCUGUAGCUUCAGAGUUGUUCGAGUACCAAUCUGUUGAAGGGUUUCACCCAGACAUGGAAUUCAUCGUAACGGAUUCUAACAAAUCUAUUCCGAAACUAAAGAUUGCAAUGCUUGUGGUGGGAACAAGAGGAGAUGUUCAACCUUUUCUUGCUAUGUCAAAGAGACUUCAGGAGUUCGGUCAUCAUGUUAGGUUAGCGACACAUGCAAACUUCCGCUCUUUCGUAGAGUCGGCUGGUGUAGACUUCUAUCCUUUGGGCGGUGAUCCUCGUAUUUUGGCAGGAUAUAUGGCAAGAAAUAAAGGUCUUAUUCCCUCAGCACCUGGUGAAAUAUCUACACAGAGGAAGCAACUAAAGGCAAUUAUUGAAUCUCUUCUUCCAGCAUGCACAGAACCAGAUCUGAAAACUGGAAAAGCUUUCCAUGCUCAGGCAAUUAUUGCAAAUCCUCCUGCCUAUGGGCAUGCUCAUGUUGCCGAAGCUCUUGGUGUACCUCUUCACAUGUUCUUCACAAUGCCUUGGACGCCGACAUCUGAGUUUCCUUCCCCAUUGGCACGUGUUCCUCAAAGCGCUGGUUAUUGGCUCUCGUAUAUAGUUGUGGAUCUUCUGAUCUGGUGGGGCAUAAGAGGAUAUAUAAAUGACUUCAGGAAGAAGUUGAAUCUUGCUCCCAUUGCAUACUUUAGCAUGUAUCGUGGUUCAAUAUCUCAUUUCCCAACUGGCUACAUGUGGAGUCCUCAUGUUGUAUCAAAACCAAGUGAUUGGGGUCCGCUGGUCGAUGUUGUUGGUUAUUGCUUCUUGAAUCUUGCUUCCAAGUAUCAACCUCCUGAAGAAUUCAUUCAAUGGAUUGGAAAAGGAACAAGUCCCAUAUAUAUUGGGUUUGGGAGUAUGCCUCUUGAAGAUUCAGUGAAAACCACAACUAUCAUUUUGGAGGCUCUGAGAAAAACGGGACAAAGGGGGAUAAUUGACCGAGGUUGGGGGGAUCUUGGGACCUUUCCAGAAAUUCCUGAGGAUGUUUUUCUUCUGGUGGAUUGCCCUCAUGAUUGGCUAUUCCCUCAAUGUGCAGCCGUGGUUCAUCAUGGAGGUGCUGGAACAACGGCCACAGGAUUGAGAGCUGGGUGUCCUACAACUAUUGUCCCCUUCUUCGGAGAUCAGUAUUUUUGGGGUGAUAGAAUAUAUCAUAGAGGACUGGGGCCAAAUCCAAUCCCAAUUAAUCAGCUCAGUGUUGAAGCACUUUCAGAUUCGAUAAAUUUCAUGCUGCAGCCAGAGGUGAAAAGUCGAGCAAUGGAUUUGGCAAAACUAAUAGAAAACGAAGAUGGGGUCGCGAAUGCAGUUGAUGCAUUUCAUCGGCAUUUGCCAGCAGAUAUGCCACUCUCGUCAACUCUACCUUCAAAACAAGAAGAUGAUGAUGAUCAUCCAAACCCUUUACAAUGGCUGUUUACUCAGAUUGGAUUAUACUGUGGCUGUGGUACUUCCUAGAUAUAAUAUGCAUGUAUGUAUGUAUGUAUGUAUGUAUCUCUAUCUAUACACUUCACUGCAUAUCAUUCAUUUUUUUACAACUUCAAUAUUGAUUUCAUUCAUUCUGUUUUCAAGGCCAACAAUAUUCAAGUUAGUUUUUCUUUCGGGGUAUCAGUUGUACAUUGUGCAUGGAUAGUUGUACAAGUGAUUCGUUCUUGUAUUGUAGAAUGAAGGUAUGAUCAUUUCUUUCA